UCCGGUUAAAGAGAGGAUAUAAAUAUGGAACGUUCUCCUUCCCUGACUUUCAGUAAAGUCUUUAAAACUACUCGAACAGAACAAAAUGUCUUUACGUUGGAUAAUUUUCAGUUGUUUUUUUACAUUCUGCAUGGCAGAGCCAACAUGGGACACAUUAAGAGUGACUUGGGGAAUGAAUAUUUUAAGUUCCAUUAAUUUUGCUAAGAUGCCUCUAACAAUUGGAGAGACUUCAGGAAAGGGAUUCAGGAAAUUACCUGGAGAAUGUUCUGGUGGAAAGUUUUACGGUCAUCGUUAUAUCAAAGGACAAGAUUCAGCGAUCGUAUUGAUCUAUGAUUCUAAAGGUUACGUAGCAGGAAUACAAACGGGUAUACCAGCCUAUUUCAUUAAGCAAAUGAACACCGAUUAUCCGUAUUCCAAGACCCCUUCGUUCCAGUUGGACAAAAUCGAUGACGAAGAUGUUUAUUUUCUUACAGCUUAUUUUGUGGAUCCUCAAACAAUCUGCAAAAGUGAACGAUCGCAUGACGAAUUCGAAAAAAAUAUUGGUAAUGGUUUAUGGUUUCAGAAUGGUAUCAAUCCAUUAGAAAGUUCCUUAAAGGUUCCUUUAUAUGAAAAAAAUGUUACUGAUAAAAAGUGGACUAAAGGAGGCUGUUAUAGAACAAUGGGUCAACAUUAUUGGUAUAAUCUCUCAGAAGAUAUGGAUUGCGAUAAGUUCUUUCCAUUCUUUUUGAUGUACAACAGAGAAAAAUUAACAGGUUUUGGGUUUGCUCUUCUUGGAAAUUUUCAAUUUACUAGUAGAUAUGAACAUCCAAACAAAGAUUCAUUAUCGAGAUUUUUGGAUCCUGUUCCCAAAUGCUUAAACAAAGAAUAUGAUAAGGCUGGAGGAUUUACUUCUUUACACGUUUACUUCACAGUACGUCCUUGGAAUUUGUUUUGCUGAACGACAACCUCUAAGAAUAUCUACAACGAAAGUAUGAUCAAUGAAUAAUAAGGAUCUACACUAUGCAUCAGAAUAAUAAAAUUGUAAAAUUUACAUUUAAUAGAAAUAAAUUACUAAAUGAAAA